AUGCCCCGGACACUGAGCACCUCCGACAUGGUCACUCCAGGCAGCCUCGGCCCACCCCACCCUGAGCCCACGGAUGGUGAGCAGGCCGGGCAGCCCCUCCUGGAUGGAGCUCCAUCCUCAGCCUCCCUGGACACCCUGAUCGAGCAGCUGGUGCCCAAAGCUGACUACUACCCUGAGAAAGCCUACAUCUUUACCUUCCUGCUGAGCUCCCGCCUCUUCAUCGAGCCCCAGGAGCUCCUGGCCCGGGUCUGCCACUUGUGCAUCGAGCAGCAGCAGUUGGACAAGCCAGUGCUGGACAAGGCCCAGGUCCGGAAGUUUGGCCCCAAACUGCUCCAGUUGUUGGCCGAGUGGACAGAGACGUUCCCUCGGGACUUCCAGGAGGAGUCGACCAUCAGUCACCUGAAGGAUGUGGUGGGCCGCAUCGCCCCCUGUGACGAGCAAGCAUACCGAAAGAGGAUGCAUCAGCUCCUGCAGGCUCUGCACCAGAAGCUGGCGGCUCUGGGCCAGGGGCCGGAAAGCCUGCUGGGCACUGACAAGCCCAUCUCCUACAGGAACAAGCCUCCAGCCUCUAUCCACAGGGAGCUCCUCAGCAUCUGCAGUGACCCCUACACACUGGCUCAGCAGCUGACCCACAUAGAGCUGGAACGGCUACAACACAUUGGACCUGAGGAAUUUGUCCAGGCUUUUGUGAACAAGGACCCUCUGGCCAGCACAAAGCCUUGUUUCAGUGACAAGACUAACAACCUGGAAGCUUACGUGAAAUGGUUCAACAGAUUGUGCUACCUUGUGGCUACUGAGAUCUGCAUGCCGUCCAAGAAGAAACAGAGGGCCCAGGUGAUUGAGUUCUUCAUCGACGUAGCCCGUGAGUGCUUCAACAUCGGCAACUUCAACUCCCUAAUGGCCAUAAUCUCUGGCAUGAACAUGAGCCCUGUCUCAAGACUGAAGAAGACCUGGGCCAAAGUGAAGACAGCCAAGUUUUUCAUCCUCGAGCACCAGAUGGACCCAACAGGGAAUUUCUGCAACUAUAGAACAGCCCUGCGCGGGGCAGCCCACCGCUCCCUGACCGCCCACAGCAGCCAAGAGAAGAUCGUCAUCCCCUUCUUCAGCCUGCUCAUCAAAGACAUCUACUUCCUAAACGAAGGCUGUGCCAACCGCCUCCCCAAUGGACACAUCAACUUUGAGAAAUUUCUGGAGCUGGCCAAGCAAGUAGGAGAGUUCAUCACAUGGAAACAAGUGGAGUGUCCCUUCGAGCAAGACCCCAGCAUCACCCACUACCUGCACACUGCUCCCAUCUUCAGCGAGGAUGGUCUUUAUUUGGCUUCUUAUGAAAGCGAGAGUCCAGAGAACCAAACAGAAAAAGAGAGGUGGAAAUCUCUAAGGUCUUCUAUUCUGGGGAAGACGUGA